AUGGGUGACAGACUAGACCAGCAGGCCGCCGCUUCAGCCACCGCUAUCGCCACUGCCACCAAUGCUGCUAAUGCCUCCAAUGCUGCUGCCGCCGCUUCUACUGCCGCCGCACCGGUUGCCGAGCUAGGAGAGGUUCUUGAGGAAAUUCCACCUGAGAAUGUGGCCGCUGGGAGGCCUAGGCAGAAGUUGGUACAGUACUUUCUGAGGUUAAAUCCACCAACAUUCACGGGAGUGGGAGAUCCCGAAGCUGUAGCACUAUGGGUUCAGGAACUAGAGAAUGCCUUUGAGCUGCUGAUGUGCACUGAAGCAAAGAAGGUCGUGCUGGCAGCCUAUCAGUUGAGGGGGAUCGCAACCACAUGGUGGAAGAAGAAUAAAAGGAUAGUGUUCCCUGAGGGUGUAGCUUCAGAGUGGAAUGCGUUUCUUGAGGCCUUCAAUGAGAAGUACAAUGACAGUCAAGGAUAUGAAGCGAAGUUUGCUGAACUGUCGCAGUAUGCCCCUGAGUUAGUUCAGAAACCGACAGACCGAGCUCGAAGGUUUAGAGAUGGGCUUAGACCGGAGGUGAGGAGCUUUUUGAUGCCGUUAGAUCUGAAAGAGUACAAGGAUCUUUACAAGCGGGCCCAGCUGAUUGAGAAAGACCAGAAUGAGGGAGCUGCCACAUCUGGGUCGCGGUUUAAUUUGAAUAGGGAAGUAAUCGGUUUGGGAAGAGACCGAUGUCUGGAGGAAGAUAUCCCGUCCCACUCAACAAGAAGGGUGGGAUCGGAAAGCCAGCGCUGA